AUGUCGAACCAAGCCAUGCAUCACAAUCUCUCAUAUCAUGUUGCUUCUUUUCCGACAGGACUGGAGAUGAAUACAACCAGCAGCGGCAGCGGCCUUACCCUCAAGAUAAUCCAGGAGCCAGAGCAUGCCAAGGUAGCUGGUGGAAAGGACAAAGAUCGUAAACCUAUCGAUCCGCCCCCCAUUCUCCAGUUAAUCAUUAACGAAAGGGAUUUUGAUCGUAACGUGUAUGGCAGACCUGAUGCGUGCCUUUCAAGCCCUUAUUACUUCGUUAAUGUGUCCUUGAUCAACGACGACCCUAGCGGCAAGCAGGAUGUGGACUGCCACAAAGCCCUCCAUGGCACCACAGUGUCUUCACUGCACAAGCUUAAAGACUCUGCUGGUAUGGAGGGCGGCUUCUUCGUUUUUGGUGACAUCUCCGUUAAGACCGAGGGUUAUUACAAGCUGCGAUUUUUUCUGUACGAAAUGCGCGACCUAGAAGCAGUUAUGUGUACCUCUAUUGAAUCCUCAAGGUUUCAGGUACACACUCAACGAACGUUCCCGGGAAUGACGGAAAGCACCAUGUUGACGCGCCAAUUCAGCGAUCAAGGCGUACGUCUUCGGCUUCGAAAAGACUCACGCGUGGUAACGAACCGCAAGCGGAACAUUCAACGGGCCAUGGACUCUGACCAGAAGAGAGGGCGCUUGGACUACGAAGAACAGUUUCAAGUCAAACGGCAACGCCAGAACAUGGAGGUUGUGACUACCAUGGGCAUGCAGUCUCCGCAAGGGCGCAUGGGAGGUUAUAUCAGCGACUACGACGGCACUUACAGUAGCCCCUAUGUGCAGUCGUAUUCGCACUACAUUACCACAAGCGGGUCUUCACAUGUAGGUAACUACAAAGGCUCUGGCUACACACCUCUCACACCUACCUCUACAACCAUGCCUUCUCAAAACCCGCACUCAGCUACUCAGAGCCCGCCGCUCUAUGGGCGCUUAACAAACGCGGAAGCGUCACAAUACGGCCAUGCUGCUAAUUAUGUGGAUUUGCAGUGGCAGAACGAUAUGGGUAGACCAUCUUCGCCAGUGCCGGGAAUGACUGGACUUGGCCUUUAG